CAGGGACACGCCGCGGUGGUGCGGCUUCUCCUCGCGGCCGGCGCCGACCCCGGACUCACCGUGUGGGCCGCGGUGGAGCGGGCGCGCGAAUCGGACAAUAAAUCUUCCGCAUAUUCGCUUCUGCGAAACCUGCACGCAACCUGGCGGGGGAGCGGGGCGGAAAAGGAAGCUCCUGGGCGGGCCUCGUUUGCAGAGGAGGACGUGAGAAGGACACAGCCGUCAUGCGUUAUCUCUUCAAGUCGCACCUUCAGCGCGACCGACGGGGCGGCUGGGGGAGGGCAGGCUGCCGCUUCAAGGGACUACUACACCGGGCCUACUUUCGCGAAGCCAGACUUUUGUAGCGCAGGUCCUGCCGCAGGACCUCCGACUAGAAGUCAUCAUCUUCGGCCGCUUUACAAGACGAGUGCUAGAAGAAGUAGAGGGAAGCAGCAGGCCACAAGAACUCCCUCCAGGAUGGUGCCACAAAAUUCGUCUUCCGCACAACUAAAGAUCAGUGGAGAUGGAAAGGAAAUCCAUGCAAAAGCCGUUCCUGGCGCCGAACCAGACGACGGUGCUAAGCCACUCUUCAAAACUGCUGGUGUAUCAAUAUCCGCACCGGUUGGAGGGACAACUCCGGAGCACCAGGUGGGGUCGCCCGCAACCACGGCCUCGACGUGCUUCCCCUCGCCCAUCGGCUAUGCAUUGCAAAAGUAUCGUACUCGUAUAAACGCAUUGCAAAUUUCCUCAGCAUGAGAAAUAAAAUUUGUCAUGCGGCUUUACCUUACGAAAAUUUUUUUUUUUUUGUAAUGCAUGACUGCAAUCACUACGAGUGCGAUACUUUUGCACAGGAUAUCGGCGGGUCGCCGGCAACUAGUCCGUCUACCGCGUUGCCUUCGCCCUGUUGCUCCCCCUCAACGGUUGCGCGCGGAACACCCGGUGCAGCAGCAGUAGAUCUUCACGAAGGCCUGGACGCGUUGCACCUGCCGGCGGCCGCAAACGACUUUUCCGACGACGCUCCGUUCUCGUUCUCCCAAGGCGAGGGUAAUAUCGAAGAUGAUCCGUCAAAUAAUACCGACGUCACCUUCGGGUUGCGCCUGUCUUCGGAGCCACCGCACGUGUUUCUCCCCUCGCACCACCGGCGCGCCGCCCAGGAGCGAGCGGCCGCUCUGGCCGCGGCGACGAGGCACGAGGGGAAGAACCCAGCACCAGCACGGGCCGCGACGGCGCAGAGUGUGUUUGAGUCUUGUGCAGGGACCUCCUACGAUUCGGCCGACAGUGGGGCUUCUGGAAGCUGUAGAAUAAGCACCAGUGCAGCCGCAGCAGUCCUCCCCGACGUCUUGCCGACUACAUCAUGUGCGCAGCCUCCAUGCCGCGACGUAGUCACCAGUGCCAGCGGCCUCGCGACCUCCGUGCAAAAGAAAUCCGACGAGGAUCGGGGUAGUACAACUUGUAAGACCCAUCAGGAACCACAACAACAAACUCCUAGCGGCGGGGAUCAUGAUCUUCCUGCGGGAUUGAUGUCCCUGCGUCUGAGCGAGGACUCCUGCUCUCAAGAAGGCUGUGAGGUGCACGUGGAUUGGGUAAGCGAGGCGGAGUACUACUGCGGCCCGUGGCGGAAUGUGGUCGUUGUGGAUGAGAAAAGAAACGAGUCGGUGCUGGAGGUGGGCGGCUGCAUUGAGGACAUGGUGGAGGUUUUUACUCCUCCGCCAGGCCCAAGACCUGCACAGUCGACAGCAAAUCUCAAAUCCGCAAAGAACUACACGCAGUCUAUAACAACCGCGGAUCAUGUCGGGUGCGACAACCACGUGCCUAACCGGUGGUUUCGACGCCAGACCUUGUGCCCUGUUCCGCGCGUCACGCCGCUCUAUGUGGCGGUCGAGGGCGGCCACUUGGAGGUCGUAAAAGUGCUCCUUGACGCGCAUGUAAAACAUAAGAACGAACAAGCAGAGAGGCAAGAAGACACUGGAGAUAUGAUCAUGUUGGAAAAUCAAGACGACUGGGAGGAGGAGAGCUUUCUGGAGGUUACUGAUUCAUUCGGGCGCACUGCGCUGUACCGUGCCGCGGAACAGAAUUCCGCGGAGCUGGUGCGACUGCUGAUAGCCGCCGGUGCGGACCCGGACCACCCGAACCACGAGCUCCAGAGCGCACUGGAGGUUGCGGGAGAGGCCGGCAACGUGGAGGUGGUGCGCUUGCUGGUGCACGAGGGGGAGACGUUUCAGUGCACGCUCGAGUUCGCGGACCAGUCCCUCCACCUGUUCUCGCAGACAGAACACAAGUUUCGCGUGCUUGUGAGUGAGCAGCCCGCGGACGCCGAGCUGCUGGAUGCCACAAUCGAUUUCUGUUACGUGUGCCAGAAAGAGAUGCCCGAGUGCGCGCGCUUCCUGCAGGAGGAACGCUGGCCGUUAGUAGAUGUGCUCUAGAAACAAACUUCAAGUCGUAAACUUAAAAACAUAUUAGCGGGCUUGUUCGAGCGGGUGGUGCAAGUUUUAGUGAGCUUUCGCUUUUUCGCUGAAGAUAACUUUCUCAAAUGCGCCGGCUGCUGACAGUUCGCUACAGGGUCCGCGACUCGCAGCUACGAGGCGCACGACGUUUUUUUGGCGCACAAUGUUUGUUCGGCGACGUUUUUUUGGUGCGUUCUUCCUUGCAUCGGUUCAGCACCAUCUUGUGCAUUUCAAUCACUUCAACACGACUUCCGUGCAUUUCCAGAGAUGAAACAGAACCUCCCUUAGGCAAAAAUCAAAUGGACAUUUGAUGACCGAUGAGCCAUGUCUACGCAAAUAAAACCUAAAGAAUCAGACUCACAGUAUCCUUUCAUGUAAAAAAAAUUCCGAUGCUUGCACAAACUAUCUAAUGAAGCCAAUCUAUUUGCUUGAAGGCUCCUUGCACUUGCAGGAGCCUCGUGCUGGCAAAUUUAGUUCGUUGCCCCGUUUGGGCUCCAAGUAUGUAAGAGGCCUUCGCACCUGUCUCAGCGAGUUUUUCUGCAACAAACUUUUGAAAACAAGCAUCCACCUUUGUUUCAUGACCCACCUUAAGCUAUUCAUACACUGCACAUCACGUGUCUGCCGUGAGGGAGGGUCAUGGUCAUCUAGGGUUUGGAUCAUCGCCGGAAAAAGAAAACGAAACGAGCACGCCGCGUAUGCGGCUAGUAUCAUUUCUUGCAAAAUUUAUAAGAUGUGCAUGAUCAAACAUACAUUACCGAGGUGUGAAAUAAUGUACAACCAUUGGACUCGUCUUCU